CACAACUUCUCUAUAGCUGAGUGCUGUCUGUGGGAGGAACAGAAGCUGUGGGUCUUCAGACAUGUUUUAGAGAUAACAGCACACAGGAUGUUUCUGCUGUGGACGUAUGUUUGAGUGGGUGGGACUCAGAGAUGAAGUGACGGUAAUGAAACCACAAACAUGAAGCUGGUGCUAAGAAGUCUGCUUCUCACCUCGUUCUGCACCAUCUCAUCUUGGACUGUUUCAUCGGGCAUGUUUGUUGUGACCCAGAGUCCAGAUGUUUCUGUCAUGGAGGGAGAGACAGUAAACAUCACCUGCUGCUGGACAGGAAUGUUUGAAAGAGCUGGAGUGGCCUGGUUGAAAAAUCAAACAGUCAUUAAGAGAGAGGCCAAAUUCUUUCAAUCUCACGGGUCUCUGAAAAAGGAGGCGAAGACUUGCUCAUCUUUGAACAUUUCAAACAUCAGAACAGAGGAUUCAGGAACAUACAUCUGUAAAGUGACUGUGGAGAUUCCAUCUUUAUUUGAGUCUAAAGGAAGUGGGACCAUCAUCACAGUCAGAGAGAAGACCAGUGACACUGACUACAACAACCACACAGACUCCACUCCUUCAUCAUCGACUGUCAUCUUCAUCCUGAGGAGUCUGCCCUUCAUUCUUCUUGUUCUCAUCUUCUGCUGCUUUAGAAACAAGUGGACCACAUCACAGCAUCACGACCCAGCUGCUGGGAGUGAAAGCAUGUCUGCCCAGAGAGGAGAAGAAGAAGGAGGAAGAAGUGAGAGAGGAAAAGUGGAAACACGGCUGUAGAAACUUUACAGACUUGUUCAGUGUUUUUGGUUUUGUUUUAAAUUGAUUCCAAAAAGGUUGCUAAUUAAAAAUG